GUCUAUGCGGCAACGACUUGCGAUGUGAAUAACAAGUGCCCCUCUGACACGCCUUGCUGUUCACAAUACGGUCAAUGCGGUGUCGGUGCAUACUGUCUAGGCGGCUGCGAUCCUCGAUCUUCCUUUGCUCUCGAUUCCUGCGCACCCGCACCCGUGUGCAAAAGCGAGGACUUCAAGUUUACCAAUCUGGACGGCGUGACAGCCAAUACCAAGUACCUUGGCGAUGCGUCUCAGACGAACUGGGUGUCUAGCGGACAGCCUAUCAUGUACCAGGGCCAGCAGGUGCUGCUUACCAUGGCCCCAGACACCGUGGGCACCCUGCUCGCCAGCGCGCACUAUCUUUGGUACGGAAAAGUGUCUGCGACGAUGAAGACGAGCCGUGGCGCUGGUGUGGUGACGGCGUUCAUUCUGCUCUCGGACGUCAAGGAUGAAAUCGACUUUGAAUUCAUUGGUACCGACCUCGUCACUGCGCAGUCGAAUUUCUACUUCCAGGGCAUUCCCAACUACUGGAACGAAAAGAACAUCUCUGUCGACUCGAGCACAUUUGACGACUACCAUACGUACGAAAUCGACUGGACUCCCGAUUCCAUUACCUGGUCCAUUGACGGACAAGUCGGCCGCACGCUUGACAAGAACACGACCUGGAACGCAACCGCCAACCGAUACGAAUUUCCCCAGACCCCAGCGCGUAUUCAGCUGUCCCUCUGGCCUGGCGGUCUUGCAUCCAAUGGCCAAGGCACGAUCGAAUGGGCGGGCGGUCUUGUUGACUGGAACUCGCAGGACAUUAAAAACUUUGGCUACGAUUAUGCCAUGGUCAAAGAAGUCAAUGUCGAAUGCUACCAGCCGCCAUCGGGCGCCAACGUCACGGGCUCCAAAUCGUACAUUUACAAUUCCCCUGCGGGCACCAACGACACUGUCGCACUCACAAACGAUAAUACUAUUCUCAAAUCUUUCAUCGCCACGGGUACAAACAUGUCGGCUGAUGAUUCUUCGAGCUCCGCAUCUGCCUCUGCCUCGUCAAAAUCGACAAAGAGCGCCGCGCCCCAAGUCCCCGGCAUGUCUGGAUCCCGACCGGGAUCUGAUUCGUCGUCGUCUUCAAGCACCGCAAGUUCAGGCUCCUCGCAGCCGACUUCUUCUUCCUCUUCAUCGGGAACC